AUGACUGACGAUCACCUGGAACCCUUUGAUGCAAUCUCAUGGUGCUGGGGUGAGGCGAGCGCCGUCAACCAGAAGAACAUCACCGUUGGAAAAUACACCCUGUCUGUUCCUGCAAAUGCUUACGAGGUCCUGGUCGAACUCUGCGUAGCUCAAAAGAGGAAGAGGAUUUGGAUCGAUGCUGUUUGCAUGAAUCAAAAUGACAUCCAUGAAAAAAGCCAGCAGGUUGCCAUGAUGGACACCAUCUACCAAAGAGCAACCAUGACGCUAGUCUGGCUGGGCAAGGACAAGGGGACGGCUAGAAGGGCAAAGGAAAUGAUUAGAAGAAUUGCUGAUUGGCGUCAGGUAAAACUCCCAUUCAUCUCUGGUACUGAUGAAGAAGAGUACGGUCUCUUUGCCGACGAGCGCCAGACGGAUGCGUUCCCGCUUAACAUUGACUGGGAUGCGCUUACUUCCCUUUUCUCGGCAGUUUGGUUCACCAGAAUCUGGAUCAUCCAGGAGGUUGUUUUAUCAAAACAUUGCCAUUUAUUCAUGGGAAAGACUGAGAUAUGCUGGAAACAGCUCGCUCAGGUCAUGUGGUACAUCUCGAACAAUAUCGAGAGAACAAAGCUGGGAGAGCGCGGCAAAUCAGGCGUGUGGAAUGCCGUUAUCAUUGGGAGGACGCAAAAGAGGAGGCUGGGACCCUUGGAAUUGCUCGAAUCAAGUCCCGAUUUUGGGGCCACAAAUCCAAAGGACAGGAUAUUCGCAUUGUAUGGCCUCUUGAAGACAGACACGCGAACUGCACUCCACACGGCUUUUUAUCCUAAUUAUGAUGCAAAGCUUGUGGACAUAUAUACAAAGGCCACCCGGGCUACCCUCAAUUUUUCGCACGGAGCUCGGCUGCUCCUGCAUGCCCAGUGUCUCGUGCAAAGGCCUGGCUGCGAAUACUACGACAUAGACUUCCCUUCCUGGGUCCCAAGGUAUCAUUUCAUCGACGACAGACAACGGGGCUCGUACCGGCCAUUAUGGUUCACACAACACAGCGUAGCCCAAGCGCACGCUCAAAUAAUCAAGAUCGAUAGGGACACACCUAGCAACAUCCUGCGCAUUGCUGGAGCAGUCAUGGACACAGUAUCUACAGUCUUUGAGCCGCUAUCGCCGUUGCUUUCUCACCAAGGCCAAAGUCCGCAUGAUUCGUGCGGCAGGGUUGGUUGUAGUGACCCGUUGUGCGUAGAGCAUAGGGAAGCAAUUUUUGGAUCUUUACGCCAGCUGUGGCAUGCGGCAAUUGCGGCAAAUCCAAAGCUGCCCCUAUCGGAGCUUGCAACCAUGCUGAGGACGACCUUGGUUGGGAAGCCCGACGAGGAAAGCUGUGAGUCAGGCUGCGAUUGUUAUUUGAAUUUUCAGUCUGAAUUCAAAGAGCUGGUGACCAAAGUCUGGCCGACUGAGCACAAUGCUCCUGUUGAGGCUGAGGCCGUGGAGAUAGAAGCGCAGGUCGACCCCGAUGACUCGGACCUAGACGACGAAUAUUCCGACGACGACGACGACGACGAAGAGGAUACCAAAUUGGAUCAAGUAGAUACGGGUAAAAAUGAUUCUCUUGGUCACUUGUGGCACAGAAUUAUUGGGCGACAUGCCAACAGGAGGUUCUUCCUUGCUGGUAGCGGCCGAACGGGCAUUGCCGCCCCCCAAACUCAAGUCGGCGACAAGAUCUGCUUGGUACCGGGACUGGAGGUUCCCUUGAUACUUCGACAGGUGGGAAGCGAUUGGGUCUUGAUCGGUGAUGCAUACUUGAGCGGAACAUUGAAUGUAUGGUAUCGUCUCCUUCAUCAUAUGAUCGAAAAGUUGGCUAAUCCUGCGCAGGGCAAGCACAUCGACAGCUUAAGCGCUGAGGAGGAACAAUGGUUUAACUUGAGAUAG